AUGAGACGUUGUACAAUAAUAUACUUACAAUUUUGGUUCGUGUUAAUUUUGAGCAUGAAAUUAUCAAGUGCCAAAGAAUUAGUACCAGCUUUGUUUGUGUUUGGAGACUCAUUGGUAGAUGUGGGCAACAAUAAUUACCUGAGUGUCAGCCUUGCUAAAGGUAAUUUCCUACAUCAUGGCAUUGAUUUUCCCACCCACAAACCUACCGGAAGAUUCAGUAACGGCAAGAACAUAGCUGACUUUCUAGCUGAAAAACUUGGGUUGCCCUCUUCGCCACCUUAUCUUUCACUAGUGCACGACAAUGUCGACGACUUUACGAAGGGUGUGAGCUUUGCGUCAGCUGCAGCCGGGAUUUUAAAUACAACUUCUAAAAACAUUUAUCUCCCUCGGCUUGACGGUACCGAUGGCGAUGGCGAUGGUGAUCAACUCUCGCAUUUUACGAUUACCAUGGACGAACAAGUAGAGUAUUAUGUAAAAGUACGGGGAGUGUUGGACCAGAAAUUAGGAGCAUCGAACGCAGCCACACACUUAGCGAAAUCUGUAUUCAUCAUUGCGAUUGGAAGCGUCGAUAUUGGGGUAUACCUUGGUUUACCUCAUACAAGUCUAAAAGAGAAAGGCAGCCCUCGUCAAUUAGUUGAUUCAAUGGUUCUUACUAUCAUAGGACAACUCAAGCGAAUAUACAAUAAUGGGGGGCGCAAGUUUGUUAUGAUUGGGAUAGGUUCAACAGGCUGCCUACCAUCAGAAAGAAUCAAGACUCAAAACGAGACUUGUAAUGAAGAAUUUAAUUACUGGAAUACCAAAUACAACCAAGGCCUCCAACUAGUUCUAAAAGAACUAGAGUCAGAGCUUCCAGAUUUCCGGUAUUCCUACUUCAAUACCUAUCAGUUCUUGCUCAACAUCCUCGAACAACCACUUGCUUACGGAUUUAAGGAAGUAAAAGCUGCAUGUUGUGGACUUGGGCGCCUAAAUGCUGAUGUUUGUUGUUCUCCGGUUUCAAAUCUUUGUCCUGAUAGAAGUGGCUAUGUUUUCUGGGAUCUUUUUCACCCGACGGAAGCAGUUUCUCGCUUACUUAUAGAUUAUGCUUUUGAUGGUGCGCAACAAUACUCAUUCCCGGGCGAUAUCCAACGCCUAGUUUCUAUGUAAAACCCUAGCCUCUAAUUUUGAAACUGGUUUUUACACAACUUAUAUUGAUUUGAUACUUUAUAGUUAUGUUGCUUAAUUAGACUCUUAUUUAGUGUCGUGUCUGAAAAGGUAUAAGAGGAUCCGACACUCCUUGA